AUGGGACCCGUUCCGGUAUGGGCCGUCUGGUUGUUUGCUGCAUGCUUUCUACUUAUAAUCGUGGUAUUAUUGUUGGAUUAUUGUGUUAUCCGACGUAACGCUUUGGGAAACAACUGUUGUACUCGAGCACGACAGAAACGAAAUCCAGCCAGCGCUGUUCAUCAAAAGAGAUCUACCAACAUGCUUCUCAAUGUAUGGGUAAUGUUUGAUUUACUGAAAGCCAGCAUUUUCAACUAUCAAUCGCUCUACUGUAUGCAGUGGUACCAAGUGGAAUUACUAAGGAUUUUCAAAAAUUAUCAUUUCAAAAAAUUUCAAAAAUUGGAACCUUGA